AUGUGGAAGUUAAAGAUAGAAAAAGGAAAUGGAGAAGAUCCGUAUUUGUUCAGCAGCAAUAACUUCGUCGGGCGUCAAACAUGGGAGUUUGAUCCUAAAGCCGGCACACCGGAAGAAAUAGCAGCCGUCGAAGAAGCUCGCCAGAGGUUUUUGGACAACCGUUCUCAGGUUAAAGGUUGCAGUGAUCUCUUGUGGCGAAUGCAAUUUUUGAAAGAGGCGAAAUUCAAGCAAGUGAUUCCGCCGGUGAAGAUUGGCGACGGCGAAGGUAUAACUCAUGAAAAAGCAACAAAUGCGUUACAGCGAGGAGUUGCUUUCUUCUCAGCCUUGCAGGCCUCCGACGGCCACUGGCCCGGGGAGAUGACCGGACCUCUCUUCUUUCUUCCUCCGUUGGUAUUUUGUUUGUAUAUCACAGGACAUCUCGAGGAGGUAUUUGAUGCAGAACAUCGCAAAGAGAUGCUUCGAUAUGUCUAUUAUCAUCAGAACGAAGAUGGUGGAUGGGGACUACACAUCGAGAGCAAGAGCAUUAUGUUCAGCACCGUGCUGAAUUACAUAUGCUUGCGUAUGCUCGGAGAAAGUCCCAAUGGAGGAAGAGAAGACGCAUGUAAACGGGCAAGAAAAUGGAUUCUUGACCGUGGUGGUGUGACUUAUAUUCCUUCAUGGGGAAAAGUUUGGCUAUCGAUACUUGGAAUAUAUGAUUGGUCCGGAACGAAUCCCAUGCCUCCCGAGAUAUGGUUGCUACCUUCUUUUAUUCCAAUACACUUAGUAAUAUGUCACGAUAACGAAAACAUUUCUUCGUACUUCCCGCAGGAAGACGUGUAUUCUCCCCAUCCUUUUGUUCAAGAUUUGUUAUGGGACACUCUUUACGUCGCUGUGGAGCCGGUUCUUACUCGUUGGCCGCUAAACAAGCUUGUAAGGGAAAAAGCUCUCAGGCUGGCAAUGGAACACAUACACUACGAAGACGAGAACAGCCAUUAUAUCACCGUUGGAUGUGUUGAGAAGGUAUUGAGCAUGCUUGCUUGUUGGGUUGAGAACCCGAACGGGGAAUGCUUUAAGAAGCAUCUUUCUAGAAUUCCGGAUUACAUGUGGGUCGCCGAAGAUGGAAUGAAAAUGCAGAGCAUUGGAAGUCAGCUAUGGGAUACAGCGCUUGCGGUUCAUGCUAUACUUGCUAGUGAUCUCUCUGAUGAAACCAAUGAUGCACUCAAGAAAGGACAUGACUACAUUAAGAAAUCUCAGGUUAGAGAAAAUCCUUCUGGUGACUUUAAGAACAUGUAUCGCCACAUGUCCAAAGGAGCAUGGACUUUUUCUGAUCGAGAUCAUGGGUGGCAAGUUUCCGACUGUACAGCUGAAGCUUUCAAGUGUUGCCUUCUGCUCUCUAUGAUGCCAGUUGAGGUUGUUGGUCAGAAAAUAGAUCCCGAACAGUUAUACGAUUCUGUUAAUAUUCUACUAUCUUUUCAGAGCAAGAAUGGAGGCGUGCCUGCUUGGGAGCCUGCUCGUGCAUAUAAAUGGAUUGAAUUUCUUAAUCCCACCGAAUUUCUUGCUAAUAUUGUGGCUGAGUGUGAGUACGUGGAAUGCACAUCAUCGGUCCUACAAGCUUUGGCGCUGUUCAAGCAACUCUAUCCAGGUCAUAGGGCAAAAGAAAUCAGCAUGUUCAUUGAGAAAGCGGUGCAAUUCAUAGAAAACAAUCAAAUGGCAGAUGGUUCAUGGUAUGGGAAUUGGGGUGUAUGUUUUAUUUACGCCACUUGGUUUGCUCUUGGCGGUCUAGCAGCCGGUGGUCGAACAUAUGAAAAUAGCCAGGUAAUGCGUAAAGGUGUUGAGUUUUUGCUCACGACACAAAAAGAUGAUGGAGGUUGGGGAGAAAGCUAUUUGUCAUGCCCUGAACAGAGAUACAUACCAUUAGAAGGGAAAAGAACCAACCUUGUGCAAACCUCUUGGGCAAUAAUGGGUCUAAUUCUUGGAGGACAGGCCGAGAAAGAUCCAAUACCUCUUCAUCGUGCUGCUAAACUUAUCAUCAAUUCACAACUGGAAAAUGGAGAUUUCCCUCAACAGGAAACAGUAGGAGUGUUUAUGAAGAAUGGCAUGGCACACUAUGCUACAUACAGAAAUAGUUUUCCAUUAUGGGCACUUGCUGAAUACCGAAAAGCUAUGCCGAAUACUCAUCAGCAUCCAUAG